AUGCAGAGAGGUGAAGAAGAGGAUACAUCGCUAGAUGAUGGCCCACUGACAGAUCGUCGUUGUACUGAUGUAAUUUUCCUUAUAAUAUUGGUGCUCUAUUUAGCUGGAAUGGUUUAUGUAGCAUACAUAGGCAUUAGUAAAGGUGACCCUUAUAAAAUGAUUUACGGUGUAGAUAGCUGGGGCAAUAUUUGUAACCGAAAGAAUGAGCCGAUUCCAGGGGCGCCAAUGUCUGGGCGAAACAUGAUUGGGAAAGUAAAGAAAUUUUACUUCGACCAGACGUAUUUUACGUCCCAGAUAAAUACAGGACUACCAGUAUUAGAUGAAAGUAUCUACAUUUCCACAUGUGUGUCAGGAUGCCCAAAUGAUACGUUGCUAGAUCGUUCAGCAAUUGAUGAAUUUCGGAACACUUCUGGAAUCAACCUCUGUAGAUAUGAUACCAUGUCUUAUGUGUCAGACAACCAAUUAUGCCCUACUCCACCUAUAACUAAGCAUAUGAGUGUAUUCAAUAGAUGUAUACCAGAAGCACUAGUCAAUCUGGCAGCAACGAUGGCACGAUCUUUUACAUCAGUGUUAAGUAGCGUUACCGUAGGGGGAGACAUAAGUGUUUCCAUAAUUAUUGUGGCAUGCUUUGGAUUUUUGGCGGCCUUUAUAAUCUGGUUCAUAGUGAUAGCUGUUAUUGCUUUUUGUCUUGGAGCAACAGCGUACUGCUGGUAUUCAUGGUAUAACCUGAAAAUGGCAUAUGAUAGUCUCGCUGCAUCACAACAGACAGCUGACAGGAGUGAUGCUGUUGAAACCUGGUUAAUUUAUGCUUGUAUAGCCAGUGGGAUUACCGUUGUCCAGUUAUUCAAAGAGGCUGGAAAAGCAAUCAGAUGCAUUCCUUUCUUGUUGCUUCAACCUCUAUGGACAUUAAUUAUACUUGGUGGAGUAUUGGCUGGGCUUGCUGCUAUAGCAGCAUAUAUUGAAACAUCUGGCAACAUUGUCGUUGCUGUCUCAUUUUCUGAUAUAUAUGUUUUAGAAAUUCCGGAGGUGAAUAAUUCAACAGGAAUUGUCAAAUAUGCUAUGGAUGAUACUAUGAGGUAUCUACGGUGGUACCAUAUAUUUGGAAUCCUUUGGGUAUCAGCAUUCAUUGUGGCCUGUCAAGAUAUGGUUAUUGCUGGUGCAAUCGCAACGUGGUUUUUCAAAAGGGAUAAGAGCCAACUUGGAUGGCCAGUCCUUGCAUCUAUCAAAAGACUCAUCAGAUACCAUCUUGGAUCUGUUGCAUUUGGAUCGUUUAUAAUUGCUCUUGUCCGUCUGGCCAGGAUGGUUCUUGGAUAUAUUCAGAACAAGCUUCGUGGAAAAGUAGGGAAGGUGACAGAUUUCCUUCUCAAAAUGUUGCAAUGUUGUCUUUGGUGUUUUGAAAAGUUUCUAGCUUAUCUAAAUAGAAACGCAUAUAUUGAAAUAGCUAUUUAUGGGUACAGUUUCUGUAGAGGAGCACAAAAGGCGUUUCUGCUCAUUGUUUCAAAUGCUUUGAGAGUUGCAGCUAUAAACUCCAUUGGUGAUUUUGUACUAUUUCUUGGUAAAAUAAGUACAAUGGCAAUCGUGUUAGUCAUUGGUCAUGAAUUUCUCAAGCAUAGGGACGACAUUAACUUUAUGUGGGCACCAAUAACAGUUGCAGCGGCUUUUGGGUUUGCAGUGUCACAUUGUUUUCUACUGGUGUAUGAGGUUGCCAUAGACACAAUAUUUUUGUGUUUUUGUGAAGAUUGUGAAAGAAAUGAUGGAGUUUCAAAGCCAUAUUAUAUGAGUAAAGACUUGAUGAAAUAUCUUAAUGAUAGUAACAAGAUGAUAGCUAAAGAUGAACAGACAAAGACAAACAAAAAGGAAGGGAUAGAUUUAGCAAAUGUCUGAUUGUACAAAUAACUUUUCACAAACCUUUUUUUGUAAUACAUACUGUAUAUUGUUAUAUGUUGUUAAGUUUUGUAAUUCUGAAAUAUAUUAUAUAAUUUGUUUGAUUGAAACUGUGU